CGCCAUCAGUGGAUCUUCGGAUGUCAAGCAGCAAAUUUCUUCGUCUACGUGAGUUAACGAAACCACUUAUCGAAUAUCAUCUGGCUGUGAGUUCUGACAUUUUUGUCUCAGAGCUCACAGUCAUUUGGUGGCGCUGAUACACCAUAAGCGUGUUUACAGCGACUAACCGUCGCCAGAAGAAGGCAACUCUCCGUAAUGUUUACAUGAUCUUAAACGUGACGAAGAAACGUUUCCAAACAAGCAGGAAUAACUCGAUGUAUAACAACUAACUGCUGUAAAGAUGUUUGUUAAAGAGGAGAGUGUGAACAGGAGUGAUGCAGAGCCAUUCACAGUGAAAAAUGAAGAACAAAGAGCCCUGAUGGAAUUGAAAGACGAAGCACUGAAUGAUGUUCAGGACAUUCUUCAGUAUCAGGAAGUUCAUAAUGUCAAAACUGAAGAAAACCCCUCGAGUUGCUCACAGACUGAAGAGAAUUUAUCACAAAGCAGCUCUAAAAAAAAAAAACCAAAAACUUUUGUCUGCCCUCAGUGUGGAAAAAGUUUCAAACGUAAAGGACACUUAAAUGAUCACAUGAGAGUUCACACUGGAGAGACACCUUUCAUCUGUCCUCAAUGUGGAAAGAGUUUCAAAGAUAAGCGCAAUUUUACAAAUCACAUGAAAAUUCACACUGGCGAAAGACCUUUCGCCUGCCUUCAGUGUGGAAAGAGUUUCAGUCGUAGAGAACCCCUUGAUAAUCACAUGAGAGUUCACACUGGAGAGAGACCUUUCACCUGCCCUCAGUGUGGAAAGUGUUUCAAAGAAAAGGGCCAUGUUAAAAAUCAUAUUAAAACUCACAGUGAACAGAGACCUUUCACCUGCCUUCAGUGUGGAAAGAGUUUCAGUCGUAGAGAUCUCCUUGAUAUUCACAUGAGAUUUCACACUGGAGAGAGACCUUUCACCUGCCCUCAGUGUGGAAAAACUUUUAGAUAUAAGAGCAAUUUUGAAGGUCACAUGAGAAUUCAUACUGGAGAGAAACCUUUCACCUGCCCUCAGUGUGGAAAGAGUUUCAAAGCAAAGAGCCAUGUUAAAAAUCACAUGAAAACUCACAGUGAACAGAGGCAUUUCACCUGCCCUCAGCGUGGAAAGAGUUCCAGUCGUAAAGAACUUCUUGACAAUCACACGAGAAAUCAAACUGAAGAGAGACCUUUUGUCUGCCCUCAGUGUGGACAGAGUUUCAAAGAUAAGAGCAAUUUUAAAAGUCACAUGAGAAUUCACACAGGAGAGAAACCUUUCACCUGCCCUCAGUGUGAAAAGUGUUUCAAAGAUAAGAGCAAUUUUACAUAUCACCUGAGAAUCCAUACUGGAGAAAAGCCAUACAAGUGCUCACAGUGUGAAAAGAGUUUCACCCAGAGAGGAAACCUGAACACACAUGAAAGACUUCAUACUGGAGAAAAGCCCUACAUCUGUCCUGCAUGUGGAUUGAGUUUUACCUCAGCAACACUUCUGUCGUAUCAUAGAAAAAGACAUUGUCAUCAAGGUGAGCAUAAUUAAUGUUCAGUUGGAAAAUAAAUAGUGUCGGAUUACCCCGAAGAUGUAUUUUCUGUCAAAAGAGGAGUUACAUCUAAAGGGUAAUUUUAUGCUACAAUACCUGUAGUUGUUAAUGAGUUGUCUUUAUACGUAAAUAGCUGUAGAAAGUUUAAACCUUACGUUAUGCAAUUACCUGAAUGGCAGAGACAAAUCUUUUUCUGUACUCAUUAAAUAACUACAAAUUGUUUUGUUGUCUGUGCUUGAUUUGCAUUUAGUUUGAAAUCUAAGAGUUUUAUUUUGUAUUUAAAAAGUGUCUUAAUUCUGUAAGUUUACAUUUACCAUUUAAAAAAAGAAAUUAUACUUAAAUGUACUGUACAUUUCCUCUCACAAUCUUGACUUUGUAUUCAUGUAUCACAUACUUUAUGUUGCAUCUAACCAGAGACUAAUUAGUCAGAGACAGAGGACUUGUAUUAAAAGAAAUUACUAAUCUAAUCUAAUUAGUCAGAGCACACAUUAAAAGAAAAAUUUCCCAAAAUAUUUUUGUCUUAAAGUGAAGGAGGUAUUAAAUAAGGAAACAAUGAACAUACUUUAUAGUUCACUCAUCAUACCAUAUUUGAUUUAUUGCAUAGAAGUAUGGGGGAACACAUAUCAGACAAAUUUAAAACCUUUAUCUAUUUUACAGAAGAGAGCAAUAAGAAUUAUUCAUAAAGUAAAUUAUCGAGAACAUACAAGCAAAUUGUUUGCUAAAUCCAGAAUAUUAAAGCUAGAAGAUUUGGCUAAGUUUCAAACACUAAUAAUAUUGUUUAAAGUAAGACUGAAAAUCUUACCAGAGAUAAUACAACAUUAUUAUCAUUUAGAAAAAGAGUACAGUAGGAGAAGAUAUAAUUUUAAACAUCAAUUUGCACGUACGACUAUAAAACAAAUGUGCCCCUCAGUUAUGGGAGUAAAAUUGUGGAAUUCAUUGCAUGAUAAUCUUAAAAGUUGUAGUAACAUUGGUCAGUUUAAGUAUAAGUAUAAACAGAGUAUAUUUAGUCAGUAUUAAUAUGGUGAGGUUUAUGUUGUUUCUGGAUUUGUUUGGUUUGGUUUGGUUUGUUGUUGUGUUUUGUUUAGUUUUUUUAUUUUUUAUUUUUAUUUUAUUGGGUCUAAUAAUAUCGGUUAUCAUAAGCAGAGAUAUAAGCAAAUUAAAUUUGGAUAGUAUUAAUAUGGUGAGAUCCACGUUGUUGUCUUGUUUUUUUUUUUUUCUAUAUGUAUUGGAUUACUUGUUGUUUUGCUGUCUGGGCAUUGCCUGCUUUUUUAUACUGCAUGAAUUGCUGUUAUUUAAACAACAUUGUUUUUUGUCAGUGUAAUUUUGGCUGUAAGCUGCUUAAGAAAGUUAUUUUGUAUGUUGGAAUAGGGGACAGAUAUUAUAAGAUUUUAUCUUCUUUCUGCUCCCUUUUGCACAUGGGAAUUUAAAUUAUGUAAAGAAGAAAAUGAAAUGUUUUGUGUUUUACCAUGGAGCAAUAAAAUAAUAUGAAUAAUAUGAAUGUAUUAAAAUUAAUGGGAGAAUUUUGAAACACCCAAUAUGCUGGAUGUAAAAACUGAAGUCCUGCAUGCGCUU